AGUUAUACGGUGGACUUGGCUAACAUUGCGUCUCUACCAGUUUCACGCGUCACAUUCGACUCUGCUGCCCAAAAGUUAGUGAGCUUUUAUUGCGCUUUUACCCCAGAAAAAAAGCCCACGAUCAUGUGAAAAUUGCUAUUGUCGCGAUAACCGGAGCAGUUGCCUCAAACUAUCUCACAUGCGAUAAGGGUGAGAUAAGCCCAAUAGCGCAUUUCCCUGUCCUUGUGGGACAGCAACAGGUGGUGCCUUGUGUGUGUUGGUGCUACAUGAGGAUAUAAGGUGUGGGUGAAAUGCCACCCAAGGACUAACCGUGUCCUUGCCUAGAGUUAGUGUUAGUGAUGCUGUGAAAUUUGCGAUUUUAUGCUAAAGCAAUACAAGUGACAAUAGACAGACUAAUAUAGAAUCGAGGCAGGACUUUUAGUUGGAAUGGAACAAGCCACCCUGACGUCCACGUCCUCCGCGGAAGGGUGCAGCAGCAAGAAUCGAGGUCAGUCAUCGACAUCAGGAGACUUUGCAGCUGCUGCAGCCGUUGUCUUGAGCCUCCAGGGCGCAAUGGUGACGAGUCUUCAGCAAGCUGCUCUUCUACCAGCUCAUUCAGCAGCAGCAGCUGCCCUCAAUCUCCAGGCGCUGGAAUCUUACCUUGCACUGCAGAGAAUUACAGGAAAAUCCGAUGUACUGAGGCUAUCAGCACCAGCUACUAGCACUACCAAGACCAGCAAAGAUGCCAGCUCCAGCCUCACGGAUUCAGUGAUAUUCACCGGGACUCCUGAAGGGGAGUUACCCGAUGUGGGAGAAUUACUGGACAAUGAUGACAAUCUCUCUUUUGAGUCUGCUCUCGACUCACCGACUGACACCCUCAUGGACAGUGGAUACCCUAGCCUACUACUCAAUGCUGCCUAUCAGCAAAUAGGAGCUGCAGCUCAAGUGCCAGAGAAACCACCGCCUAUCCCCCUGACCCCAAUCCCUACUCCCGCUAAGACUAAACCACCUCAAACCAGUGCUAGUUCCGGAUCAGCUUCUGGCACAUCCCGGCCCAAGAAGCAAUUCAUCUGCAAAUUCUGCAAUCGUCAAUUUACAAAAUCCUACAAUCUCCUGAUUCACGAAAGGACCCACACAGAUGAGAGGCCGUACUCCUGUGACAUCUGCGGAAAGGCUUUCCGGAGGCAGGAUCACCUGCGCGAUCACAGAUACAUUCAUUCGAAGGAGAAACCGUUCAAGUGCACAGAAUGCGGAAAAGGCUUCUGCCAGUCACGCACGCUGGCCGUCCAUAAGAUCCUCCACAUGGAGGAAUCCCCGCACAAGUGCCCCGUCUGCAAUCGAAGCUUUAAUCAGCGUUCAAACCUCAAGACCCACCUCCUCACGCACACGGACAUCAAGCCCUAUCACUGUUCCGCGUGCGGCAAGGUCUUCCGACGGAACUGUGACUUGCGACGCCACAGUCUCACGCACAAUCUAUCGGGAAUCACGACGAGCCUCCCGGAAGCAUCGAGUCCGUCCACGGUUAGCAGUAGGAGCCUGGGAAGACUGUCUAGUGGCGCCACGACGCCCAACGGAAAUCUAGAAUUGGUGGUUGAGUGAGACUCAGAUGGAACACUACAAACUUUGUUGCUAUUCUCAAAGACUUGUGAUUCACUUAAGCUUAAAGAACACAAAACUUAAUUAAGUUGACAGAGAGAAUGAAUCUCUUUUAGUGAUGCAAAGAGAGAAGUCCAACUAUAAUAUUUUAGAAAAAAAGUGGCGUGAAGAAGACAUGUUGUACAGCAAGAAAUAUCUCCAGCCAUUUCUUUUCAUCAGUUUUGCAUUAUAUAAAAAUUUAUUCCUUAUUUGUAUAGUGUUUAGAGCAGAGGUAAAAAAAAGCAUACAUAAAUAGUGAUUGAGUGUGAGAGGAAAGAACGUUGUGUGGUUGGUGAACAAAAAGAAGAUGAAAAACACUUUAGCUAAUUAAAAAUACACAAAAUAAAUAAAUAAAUGUACUUAAAAUAAAUUAGAUCUCCGAAGAAAAAA